GAUUUUGCUAAUUUUAACUGGAAGGCGUGAGCCGUGAUUCGAACUGGAAAUAAAUUAUAAAUCUGCAAAUCAUUUCAAUUUUCAUUGUGUUUUCAUUGUUUAAGCACCAUGGAGGCGAGCCUGGAGCAUGAAGACCUGUUAAUAAAAUUAAGAGCGAAACUCAACGAAGAGAAGGUAAAACUGUGGGAAGCUCCUUUUAUCAGUGACGGUGGUGGGAUAUCACAAAGUGUAAAGGAGUUGGCAACUAAAUAUGCUGCUUCGCUAAACAUAGAUGAAGAUUUAGUCACUGAAGGUCUUCAUGAACUACAAUUACACUCAAUAGAGAAGUUUAAAGCUAAUGAAGAGUACAAGGAGACAGGGUGUGCCACAAUCCAAGUUAGGGCAACACUGUCAGGAGAGAAGGCUCGCGUUGUGAAGAUAACAAAGCAGCUGUCCAUUAGUGGGGAGGACCUGAUUGAGUCAGUUGCUGAAUUGUUAGGUGUUGCUAAAAACAGAUUAAAGCUAAUAUAUCAUGGAAAACUAAUCAAGCAUACACAAAGCUUACAGGAGCAAGGCAUCAAGAAUGGGGCUCAAGUUAUGGCUCUAGUUAUGGCAGAAGCUCCAGAGAAAGUGGUCAAGGAAGAUAAAAUUUACAUGGAAAUGAAGAGUACAUUAGACGAUGCCACUCUUCUGUCUGAAUACGUCGAUGAUAUUGGUGAUGAUGAUGAAUAUAUGAAGCUGGAAGACCAAUCGGGUAAGGCAGUGAAUCUACCGCCAGCGGAGAGAAGGGCUCUACUCGUGGGGCUGGCAUUACACGAGCGUGGCAGAGCAGCGGCCAUAAAGAAGGACUAUUCGCUAGCUCUUGUACUACUUCUGGAGUCGGAUCGACAGUUGAAUGAGUGCAGGUCCGGCAUCCUGGCGUCGGUGGACAACGUGGCGGUGCUGCAGCUGGACAUCGCGUGGUGCUACCUGUGCCUGCGCAGCCUGGCGGCGGCCGGCGACGCGGCGGCGCGCCUGGCGCGCGCGGAGGCCGCCUUCGUGGCCACCUACGGCGCGGACCACCACCGGCUCAUUGCGCUCAAGGGAACCAACGCGAACGAGCGCGUGCUGUUCAUGCGGCUUUACCUGCUGCAAGGCAUCGUGGCGUUCCACCGCAACAAGCGGGCCGAGGCGCGCACGCUGCUUGAGAAGGCCGAGGCAGAGUUAAAGUACCUUAAGGUGGAUGAAAAUUCAGUGCAAGCGCUCAUGGAGCUGGGCUGGACCCCGGGGCAAGCCACGACGGGGCUGCGCGCCACCGCCGGGGACCUGGACCGCGCGCACCACUUCCUGGAGGAGCGCCGGAAGGAGCGCGAGGAGGCCCGCGAAAAGCACAAGCAAGAGAGGGAGCGGCGGCUGCUGGGCGCGUGCGCGGACGGCUCGGCGGUGCAGCCGCAGCUGGUGGCGGCGCUGCAGGGCAUGGGCUACGCCAAGCGCCUGGCCGUGGCGGCGCUGCGCAGCGCCAACAACAGCGUGGCCGAGGCCGUGCGCCUCAUCCAGGAGCACCCCGAGCAGUUCAUGGGAAGAUACAUGAACAUAUCUACGCUGAGCUCGGAAGAUUCGCUGGUGGAGCCCGACAACAACCUGCUAAACGAGCUGGUUGCGAUGGGCUACCCGCCGGAGCCGGCGCGGAAUGCGCUGCGCCUGGCGGGCAACCAAAUCAGCGGGGCCGUGGAUCUGUUGGCCAUCGCAGCCAGCCAAGCCUUUUAUUAUUCAAAUCCUUCAACGAGCGCGGAUCCAGCUACAAAAAAGAAGGAUGCAGUGUUGAAAAGGCUGAGGAAGCGGGAGCUGGCGUUGAAUCGCCUCAGGACAGCCAUUCGGCCCGAAGAAGAUGACUAUCUGAGCACCCCUCUCACCGAGGAGGAACAGUUCCUGGCGCAGUACAAGUCGCUUCUGUAAGUUGCCGUUUGAAACGGUAUCCCCUAGCGCACGUUGACACAUGCAUCUCGACCAUUUGCCCAUAGACAUUGUAAACGAGUAUCUCGACUAUAUGCGCAUAGAUAUUGUAAACGCGUAUCGCGACGUUUUAACCAUAGACAUAGUAAACGAAUACCUUACGAUUUGCACAUCUUUGAUGUCCUCGUUCAGGUAAUGUGAUGUUAAUACAAGAUUUGCUCGCUCGCAACUGAGGGGUCUUAUUCUAAUAUGGAAAUAGUUCAGAGUUAAAUCAGCAUUAACGCUCAACAGACACUGUUUUUUUUUCUCACUAGGACGGUUAGACGAGGGACGAUUUUCUCCUUUGUAUGGGCUUUUGACAGACCUUUUGUAAAAACAAAAUUCAAAAGUAUAGGAUUUGCGUCUCUGAAACAAGUGUUAUUAGGUUCAUUUUACUAUGACGAUGCAGAGUUUCAAUUGCGAGCGAUCAAAUCGUGUACAAAGGCUACAGGUAACUAUCGUCCAUGUAACAGGUGAUAGUAACUGUAGGUAGGUAGGUUAUAAACUUACAAUAAGAACAAAUUCCUCAAAUGCCAGGUGUUUGAUCGAUGACACAAAGGAUACAGGCAUUACGGUUUUUUGGCUCGAGAGGGAACGUGAGUACAUACACCGCAAUAAAAUAGUAAAAAAUAUAAACGCUAAAAGCCAACUGAAUCUAUUUGAAAAUAAUGAUUAAAAAAAGUCAACCGACACGGCCAUUGUAAACACCAACCGUUUGGCAUGCUUCUGGUUGAUUUUCUAUAUUUUCUAUUAUAUCAACCAAAUGACUGGAGUGUUUGACACUUGUUAACCACGCCCGCAAUGACAUUGAUAUAUGCCCUGACAAAUGGGGUCGCUUUUCAAAUAGGGUUUUUGUAUUAGAAUUUUAAAGUGUGAUAACCUAGUUAGGGCAAUCCGGAACUUCCAGAUUUAUGUGUAUUUCCAUUUAUGCAAUUACAUAUCACUUGCUUUAUCGGUGAAGGAAAACGUUGUGAGGAAACCUGUAAACCUAAGUAAGACAUAAUGUUCUUAAAGGUGUGAGAAGUCUACCAAUCUGCACUUGCCUACGGCCUUAACCCUUACGGCCUAGACUGGUAAUGAGUUGAUAAUGACGAAACUGCGUGUAUAAAACAAAUCCUAUGCAAUUCACAUAAGUUAGAAGUAAAACUUCUGAAAUGUAAGCCUACGAGAGACUGAGAUGGAUAUAGACUAUCCGGGAGUAUUAGGUUAAAUAUAAGGUUUAUUAUUUUUUACCAAGCUUAAAAUUAAACGUAAAAUAUUAUAUUAAGUACUUAUUAUUCAGUUUCCACUGUAACUGAAACAAAAAAGUAUUGUAAGCUUAUGCUAUGUGUUUGUUAUUACGCAUUUUCGUUUCAUCGAGUUCCAAAUCACAACGAUUCUAGAGAAGUUUAACAUCGAAAUUUUGGACAUGCAUAUUCCCUAUUUACAUAACUAAAAAAAUUACAUACAUGUACAAUGUACAUUUAUUGCACAUGCUUGCGGGAUAUCGCAACUACACUAUAGCGUCGCCGACCGCGGAACUUUCUUUAGGCCCUCGACACACCGCUCCGACCCCAUGAUACUGUGUCCUCGUCAGAGCAUAGGAAAUGCCCUCAAUAUACCAAGGAAUGCUCCAGGCUACGUGAGCAUACCCACUAGAAGGAUCGCAUCACUUGCCAGAAGCAGAUAAAAAGUCAUCACCAUUCAAAAACCAGGAAUAAAUGGCUAUCUCCCAAGGAGCUUCGGCUCGAUCGUCAAACGAAUACACCUUAUCGAGCUUUUAUGGUUGCGAAGGCUUCUGCCAACAUACAACAGCGUUAUGAACAGUUUCGCCAUCGCAACACUGGACGGCGCUAUAGCUGAUAAAAAGACUCGUGUCCGUUUUCACUAAAUACGAACAAGGCAAUGCUUAAAUAAGCAACGUCUAAUGUAGGGAUAUUCCUAGGCAUACAUCAACCUUUGACCAAUAGUUAUCACCUCAGACUGCGUGAAAAGUUUUCUAAAGAAAUCGCCUAAAUCAUUUCGAAUGCAAUGCCACAACAAAAUAUUUUAUGAGCUGACCUGUUUGGCGUACGGCAACUCAGUCGGCAUCUACUUAGUAAGUUUAGUUUACGAACCGUUUCUAAGCAAAGCAGAUGCUUUGGGAUCGUUAAACGCUACUAGGACGUAUGGCCACCGCUCCCCGCUGCCCCAUACCUCUAAGCCAGAAGUCGUGGUUCUACGUCUAGUCUUCAUAUAACUACAUCGUCGCUUCUAGAAUCUACUUUCGCAAUGGCUGUUGGACCGGUGACCGUGGGCAAGAGACGCCAUCCUGUUCUGUGUUUGGUAGCCAACACGCCAAUUUAGAAUAGCCAAUUAGGCAGGACGUUGCGUGGCAGAGCACAAUCUACUACCUGGGCAGAUACCAAAUUGCUUAUCCACGAGACCUUCGAUCGCCCCAACCAGACGGCGCCCGGGCUUCUGGAGCUACAAAAGUCACAAGUAGUACAAGUAGUGCUUUUUGUGACAGCUCGUCCGGGGAAGUUCUACUGCCAUGCAUAUUUCUGCCGCAAAGCAGAAUUGCUGUGAGUUUGGUCUGAAGUGCGUGGUUGCCGGUGUAAUUACACCUUCGCUUGAUGGACACAGGACGGAACUUUAUAGGUCGUGUUCCUUGCAUGGCAUCGAAGAUUUGUUAUAAAAAGAGUACGUGAGGUUAGAGUACUACUACAAAAACCCUCGCAAGCUUGACAACGCGCUCGGCUAUGUAGCUAUGUUACAAACGCGAGAAGCACCAGUGGGUACGAUGAUGACAAAGCCCGCCAGCGGUGGCGAAUUCAUCCAUGAAAACGCGAAGGGCUUGGACGCGAACAUAUACAGUAAGAUUUAAUAUAUAAGUGUGUAUUUUACGAAUACUUAUCUGUAUAGGUAAUAUGAUGUGUAAUACAAUAAAUGCAUUUCAAAUUAAGGUCUCAGUUACCUCCAAGUGUAUAUAAAUACACUUUAAUAAAAAUAUAAAAUAAUCUUUAAUGUUAUUACUUGAUGUGAAAUCGUGUCUAGAAAUAAAUAAAAUGAAUUUACAUAUAUUUAUAUGAUAUACUAUGUAACUCACAUUAGAAUGUGCGUUUUAAACUACUUUAUUAUAUACGAUGUGUAAUCAAAUAUAUGCAUUUAAAAUUUAAAUUUGUGGUUUCAUCCAAGUGAGGUAA